AUGACCGUUCCACCUGAGUCCUGCUGCCGCUCGUCCAAAGAGGGUUGCGUUUGUGCCGCUCAAGCAAGGUGCUCUUGUGGCAAGGAACAGGCUCUUCAUUGCAGCUGCGACAAGGCAAAAACCGAAAACGACACCUCUGGCCCACGUUGUUCCUGCAGAAGCCGCCCGGCUGGCCAAUGUACGUGUGAGAGGGCCAUGUCCGAAAACCAUCCUGUUUCCGGUGAUUCAUGCCCUUGUGGGAAGAGGGGGGCGGAUUCAUGUACAUGCGAGAAAGCCGUUGACUCUGGAAACUUCCCCGAAGAGAUCGAUUUCACCCACAAGGUGUAG